AGGGUAAAAAGGGGAAUCCGACUUUGCUAUAAUCGACUUCACUUGCCUACUCUCUUCGAUAAACGUCUCUCUCUCUCCGAUGUCUCUCUCCGGUGUCCCUUUCCGUCCAUCAUUUUCCAACUCAACCAGCAGCAUGACGAUAGAUCCUGGACCCAUUAAUGAUAGUGUAUUGACGGAACAAGUUAAACAUCGAUCUGAGUUACUGUGGAACCCUGGGGGACAGGAUCCUCCUGGCAUACUAGAUUGUCGAAGUCGCCAUGAAGAAUUGGCACUUCGAGUUCCUAUGGUAGAUGAUCGUGUCCUUGCCAUUGUGAGGUUGUUUGGUCUAGAGGGUCUGCACUUGGUCCCAUCCAUACAGCUUGACCAUGCAUUGAUCACUGCAUUUGUAGAGCAAUGGCGCCCAGAGACCCAUACAUUCCACCUACCACAUGGUGAAAUGACGAUCACAUUGCAAGAUGUGGAAGUUAUCAUGGGGUUGCCCAUCGAGGGUGAGGCAAUGGUUGGGCUCAGUAAAAGAACUUGGACAGAUGUGUGUGCUGAAAUGCUUGGAAUUCAAAUUCCAAAUGGCCCUCAAAUUGUGCUAAAAGGUCAAAGGAUUUUGAUACCCGCACUUGUUGAAAGAAUCAGACAACCACUGCCUCUGGAUGCCAAUGAGAUUCAAGUUCAUCAAUACGCUCGCUGCUAUAUCCUAGCCCUACUAGGGAAUAUGGUAUUUAUUGACAAGUCCGGAGAUAGGGUCCAUCUCAUGUGGUUAGAGUUCAUGCAGAACCUUCGUAAUCCACGCAAAUAUAGUUGGGGUAGUGCAGCCUUAUCCUGGUUGUACAGACAGUUGUGCAAUGCAACCGACAAAAAGGCAAAGCAGAUUGGAGGACCAUUGAUUUUGGUCCAAUUGUGGAUAUAUAUCAGGUUUCCACAUAUGUCCCCACAGAUGGUGCCCCAACCUGAGGGUGUUUAUGGUCCACCACUACCACCAAUUCCUCUUGCUAUGAAGUAAGUAUAUAUUGCAUAA